CUCUCUCUGUCUCUCAUCGGCAGGACACAUGGCAGAACUUAUCGGAGAAGUUAUGACGGAGGCGGCGCUUCAGCUUUUUAUGGUUUCUAGGAAAGCCUACGGGUGCAAAGGAGUGGCCUCAAACCUCGCCGACAUGAUCGUGGACAUCCAACCAACAAUCAGUGAGAUCCGCAAUAGCGGCGUGACACUGCCUCCCCAUCGCGAGGCUCAGCUGAGUAAAUUCUCUGAAACACUAGAAAAGUGCUUGAAGCUCACCAAUGAUGCUCUCAAAACCAGCCGUUGGAACAUUUCCAGACAGCUAUACCAAGCCAAGAAAAUGGAAGCUCUCGAGAAGAGAAUCUCUUCUUUUCUCAGGUGCCAGGUUUUAGCUCACAUUCUCGCUGACGUUCAUCUUAUCCGGGCCGAUUCCGAUGUCCGUUUCAGUCGGGUUGACCGUAGCUUGGACAGCAUGAAUAGACAGAUGACCCACGUACUCUCUCACGUUCACCAUCUCCAAGCCACUUGUGAAAUGCGCUUCGAUUGCACUGACAGAAGUGUUGAUAGAGUGAAUGAGCAGAUGUGCACUUUUGAAGUGCGUUUCGAUCGAACUGACAGGAAUUUUGAUACGCUGAGUGAUCAGCUGGGUUCUAUGAGUAUGAGAAGAGGAGUGUCUGUAUUGGGUGAUGUUGGAGAUUUUUGCCGGGUAGGUUUGGAUUGGGGCAAGAGGACGGUGAAGGGGAUGCUGUUUAAGCUGGAGGAUGAAGGGAGGCUUAUUGGGAUCUCAGGGAUGAGCGGUUCCGGGAAAACCACUCUUGCCAGAGAGAUCAUGCUGGACGAGGAGGUUCAAGGCCACUUUGAGAACCAGAUUUUGUUUCUCACUGUUUCACAGUCUCCUAAUCUUGAGGAGCUGAGGGGCCUUAUUUUGGGAUUUUUUUCUGCUUAUGAUGAUGAUUCCUCCCGUGGUCAAACACGGAAGCUACUGAUCCUUGAUGAUGUUUGCACAAGGAGAUCCUUGGACCAGCUCUUCUUUAAAAGGCCUGGAACCACAACUCUUGUAGUCUCUCGUUCUAAACUCGCAGAUCCUAAAGCCACUUACCAUGUGGAGUUACUAAAUGAAGAUGAAGCAACGUCUCUCUUUUGCCUCUCUGCUUUCGAUCAGACAUCAAUCCCUUCCGGAUUCAACAUCAAAUUGGUCAAGCAGAUUGUUGAGGAGUGUAAAGGUCUGCCUUUGUCACUGAAAGUCAUUGGUGGUUCCUUAAAAGACCAGCCUGAAAUAUAUUGGCAAGGUGCAGUGAAGAGGUUAUCAAAAGGUGAACCUGUAGAUGAAACCCAUGAGAGUAGAGUGUUUGCUCAAAUGGAAGCAACCCUAGAGACUCUAGACCCUAAAACUAGAGAGUGUUUCUUGGAUCUUGGUGCUUUCCCUGAAGACAAGAAGAUCCCUCUUGAUGUUAUCAUCAACAUGUGGGUUGAACUGCAUGAUCUCGAGGAGGAAACUGCCUUUGCUGUUCUUGUUGAUUUAUCACACAAGAAUCUCCUCACUCUCGUCAAAGAUCCAAGGCUUGGCGCUUUGUACACUGGACACUAUGAUAUAUUUGUGAUGCAGCACGAUGGUCUAAGAGACCUAGCCAUCCAUAUUAGCAACCGUGGGAGUGUCAGCAGAAGAGUGCGGUUAUUGAUGCCGAGAAGAGAGUUGGGGCUUCCUAGAGAAUGGGAGAGGAACAGUGAUGAACCAUUUAAUGCCCGGAUAGUUUCCAUUCACACAGGGGAAAUGACUGAAACAGAUUGGUUUGACAUGGAACUCCCAAAGGCAGAGGUUUUGAUAUUAAAUUUUACCUCAGACAACUACGCAAUGCCACCCUUCAUCUCUAAGAUGAGAAGUCUCAGGGCCCUCGUGAUUAUCAACAACGGUAUGUCUUUUGCGCAACUAAAAGACUUCCCCAGUUUUACCAAUUUGGCCAAACUGAGGAGUCUAUGGCUCGAGAUGGUUCACGUCCCUGAACUCUCAAACAAUAUGGUUCCUCUGAAAAGCCUCUACAAGCUGUCUCUCAUCUUCUGCAAGGUCAACGAUAGUUUUGAUCAGAGAGGAUUGGACAUGGUCGAAGUCUUCCCAAACCUGUCUGAUCUCACAAUAGAUCACUGUGAUGAUCUUGUGGAACUACCUUCAACCAUAUGUGGGAUCAACUCUGUCAAAUCAAUCAGCAUAACAAACUGUCCCGGCUUCGUUGAACUGCCAAAGAAUCUGAGUAAGCUCAAGUCCCUUGAACUUCUAAGACUAUACGCUUGCUCUGAGCUGGAAUCUCUGCCUGAAGAAAUCUGUGAGCUUCAGAGUCUAAAGUAUCUUGACAUCUCUCAGUGUAUGAGCUUGAGUUCUCUUCCUGAAGAGUUGGGAAAGUUAAGUAAGCUUGAGAAAAUCGACAUGAGAGAAUGCAGCUUAUGUAGCAUACCGAGCUCUGGGGUUUCAUUGACUUCUCUACGUCAUGUAAUAUGCGAUGAGGAGAGUUUGUGCAUGUGGGAAGAGGUGAAGAAGGUGGUUCCAGGGCUUCUUGUUGAAGCUGCUGACACUUGCCUCAGCAUGGAUUGA